AUGGUCGCGUCAUUCGCCAGUGUGGGACUCGCGCUGUGCUCGCUCAUCGCUGCUCAAAGCGGCCAGUAUCGAGAACUCGGUGCCCACCACAGCAUGGGCUUUGGCCGUAACGACGGAACUCUGAUCAUCAACCUCAAGAACAUGAAGGUGCUCAAGUACGACGAGUCGACCAAGCUGCUAACUAGCAGCACGAGCGUUCUGAGCAGCACGUCACUGCGGCUGCUCACACUAACCUACGGAGACCCCGUGAUUGCCAGUCUUAUGUGGAAUGACCACAAGCGAACUCUGCCUCACGGCCGCUGCGCUGACGUCGGCAUGACGGGCAUUGCUUCGUCCGGAUUCGCCACGCUUUCGCGUCACCGCGGAACUGUGCUGGACAACAUCGUCGGCGUGCGCGUGGCUCUCGCCAACGGCAGCAUCGUGGACGCCGAUGCCGAGCACAAUUCCCAUCUGUUCUGGGGCGUGCGUGGCGCCGCCAGCUCCAUGGGCGUCGUGCUGCAGUUCAAGAUGACGACGCUGGAGCCUCCGUCUCAGCGCGUGACCAACUACACCAUACUAGUGUACGUGAUGACCAUCGUCAAAGUGCAACGAGCGACGCGCAGCAACUGUAGCCAAGGCUCUGAGUGCCAGGAUGCUUCCAAGGACCAACAGAGCUUCAAGGAGAGACGACCCAGCAGCAAGGACUACAACAGGAACAGGAUCGAGGACGGACGACGCAAGGAGGAAGCGGAGGGGUCGAGGAUCACGUGCGAGCACCUGGGAUUGGCGACGUGCAAGGCGUUGUGCGUGUCGGAUAUCGCAGCCGCGGACUCGGACAAGGUGCGGACGGUAGCUGCAGAAGGGCAGAUCGCUUACUCCAUCACCUUCAACGAGACGUACACCCCCACUCAGCAGGACAACGUGGACGCCCUGCUGGGCACGCAGAAGUGGGCUCUGAGCAAGGACAACGACGACCGCCUCUCGAUCCGCUACUUCUUCAAGACUAACACCUACAUGUCGGGCUUCUUCUACGGCUCCACGGACGAAGCCACUGCUGUGUUGGGCUCUUUGAUGAAGAACCUGCCCCCGAGCAUGGUGCUCAAGAAGAACGAGUUCGACUUCUGGGCCUCCGAGGAGAUCACGACCGCGGGUAUCAGUACCAAGGGCAUGUCGCCUCGCCGCAACGACGUUCCGCUCGACAACUCCACGGCUUGGGCGCUGUACUCCAACACCGCGUACGCCCCCAAGUUGCCCGACUCCACCGCGUCCGGGUUCAUUGACGUGUGGGGAGGCGAGUUCACGAAGACGAUCAAGGGCGACACCUCGGCCUGGAAGCACGACAACAACCUGCUCCUUGUUCGCUACGACCUCCGCUCAAAGGCGUACAACAUCACCUUUGCUGAUAACAGCAUCACUACCAUGCGCGGUAACUUCUACAAGUUCGUGGACGCGUACAAGGCGGCCGGCGGAACCCCUGGCGCCCUCAUUACGUACCGUGACGAGCGCUGGACGAUCGACGAGACUGCCAAGAUCCUCUACGGGGGCGGCAACUUCGAGCGUCUGUAG